AUGGAUUGGAGGGAUGCCGCCGCCGGCAGCGAUUUCCGGCCGACGGCGAUGGGCGGCGCUGGCGGAGCUGAGAGGGAGAGAAGAGAGACGGAAUAUGCUAAGUUGCCACUCAUACCAUCUUAUUUUGAAAUUGAGAGGAACGGAUUUGUUGAUGGAGUGAACUUUGCUUCAAGCAUAUGUAGAUGUUUAGUUGAAACCAACCGAGGCCUUGAAGUUUACAGGAGAGGAGGGAGAAAAUUUGCCAUAUUUACGUUGGUUCCCUUAGGCUGUUUUCCAAGUGCUAGGGCUUUUGUCCUUCAGCAAAAUAAGACAGAUGACUGCUUUGAAGAACUGAAUGAGCUGCUGAAAUUGCACAAUUUGAUUCUUCCGAAAAUGCUGAAGCAAUUACAAAAGGAACUAAAAGGAUUUAUGUAUACAUUAUUUGAUCUCUAUAAAGUAGUUGAUCAAAGGGUUAACAACCCUUCAAAAUAUGGUUUUGAAGUAUCAAAGAUGGCAUGUUGUGGUACAGGACCUUUUCGAGGAAUAAAUAGUUGUGGAGGUAGAAGGGAAGUGAAAGACUACCAACUCUGCCAAAAUCCCAAGGAUUAUGUAUUUUUUGAUUCCAGUCAUCCUUCAGAAUCACCCUAUAAACAGUCUGCUGAACUAUUAUGGCAUGGAGAUCCUGAUGUCACUGGACCUCAUAGCUUAAAAUCUUUUUUCGAACUUUCUGGUUAA